AUGGCUAUCCUAGUAAGGUACGUCGUGUGUCUGUUGAUGGUAACGCUCGCUGCCGGUGAUCUUAUUAAUGUUCCAAACGGAGGUCGUGAACGGGAUCAGCACUUCAGGCAGCGAAAGGAGGACAAUCUCCAGUCUGACACUAAAAAGCCGAAAUCUCAAGGACCCCCAGUGCAGGGGUAUGAAGAUCGAGAGCUGGAAACUGACUACUGGUUGGAGCAGGGACAGAAAACGUUGGCAGAUAAAUUGGCCACCUCGCAUAACACCAACCACGCUAAGAAUGUGAUUUUUUUCAUCGGAGAUGGUUUGUCGGCACAGACGGUUGCGGCGACGCGUAUGUACCUCGGCAAUGAGGCAAACAGUCUCUCGUUCGAGCACUUCAAAGACCUUGGCUCGGUGCGGACCUACUGCGUCAACCGGCAGGUCUCAGACUCAUCCUGUACCGCUAGCGCAUACCUGUCCGGUGUAAAGAUUAACUACGGCAUGGUCAACAUAGCUGCCUCAGUGCCCCGGUACGCCUGCGAAUACGAUCGGAACGCUUCGGACUUUGACGGACUUCUGAAGUGGGCGCAAGAGGCCGGUAAAAGUACGGGCAUCAUCACCACCACCAAGAUUACACACGCAACACCAGCCGGUGCAUAUGCCAACAGCGCCAAUCGGUACUGGGAGAACGAUGUAGAGGUCGCAGCAUCCGGUUGCGAUCCGGAGCAGGUAGAGGACAUCGCCGAGCAGCUGGUAGGUAACGAUGUAGCCCGUCACUUCAAUGUGGUUCUCGGUGGUGGGCGCGGCAAUCUGCUACCUAAGGACACGAUCGAUGAAGAGGGCAAAGCGGGUUACCGUGAGGAUGGUAAGAAUCUAAUUGACGAAUGGAAGCGAACUCACGCCACCAUGGGCAAAUCGGAGUACGUGUGGAACCGCGAACAGCUGUUGGGAGUUGACGUGUCGAACACUGACUACCUGCUCGGCCUAUUCGAAAAUGGACACAUGAAAUAUAACCUUGAGGUGCAGGCGAGCAGUGAAGCUAGCCGGCUCGAACCGACGCUGGAAGAAAUGACCGAAACCGCCAUCAAGUUGUUGCGCAAGAACCAAAACGGAUACGUGCUGUUUGUCGAAGGUGGACUGAUCGACGUAGCGCACCACGAAACAUGGGCUCGGCUGGCGCUGGACGAGACAGCAGAGUACUCUAAAGCGAUUGAUACGGCCCGUAAGAUCACCAGUGAGGAGGACACACUGAUCGUAGUGAGCUCAGAUCAUUCGCACACUAUGACGUACAAUGGCUAUCCUCUGCGUGGAAAUGACAUUCUAGGGUUGGGGGACGAAAGCGACGAGGAUCAGCUGCCCUACACGACACUAAGCUACGCCAAUGGGCUCUCCUACUAUUCGACGUACACCGAGCAGAACCACGCCGUGCGUGAAGAUGUCUCAAAGUUCGACUACACCGAUCCCAAACAGCUGUACAUGUCGAUGGUUCCGAUGGACGCCGAAACGCACGGUGGGGACGACGUGGCCGUUUGGGUGUCCGGGCCGAUGUCGCAUCUGUUCCGCGGCGUAUACGAGCAAAACGCUAUCCCGUACAUAAUCGCGUACAGUGCAAAGAUUGGUGACUACUACACCGGUGCCAGUUCCGUCCCGGUGUUCCUAUCACUACCGCUUUUGGUUGUCAGCAUUCUGUUGGCCGCAUUGAGCCGGUAG